AUUGCUGUUUGCUAGUCAUACCUGUCCUAAAGCACCAACCAACUUUGAUUCAUACAUUUUAAUGCCCAAUUGAAAAAAAGUUCUCCAAAUCCUUUGAAGUUCGAUCCUUCGGUUCUUCUUCUUCUUCUUCUGGGUUUCUUGUUCAUGUGAUUCAAAUCCUCUGAAGUUUGAUUCUUCGUUGAAUAAUUUCAUUCUUGUUCAUCUUCUUCGCAGCUGCUUCUGGAGAAAUUAAUCAAGGUGUGAGCGGGGAUGGAGCAGAAGCACGUUCUGUUGUCUGCGCUGGGCGUGGGGCUUGGGGUUGGUGUGGGGCUUGGACUGGCUUCCGGAGAGGCUGUGAGCAAAUGGGCUGGCCUGAAUUCUUCGCCGGAGGGCUUGACCGGCGAGCAGAUUGAGCAGGAGCUAAUGCGCCAAGUGGUUGAGGGGAAGAACAGCGAUGUCACAUUCGAUGAUUUCCCUUAUUACCUCAGUGAGCAGACACGUGUUCUAUUAACAAGUUCUGCAUAUGUUCAUUUAAAGCACACUGAUUUUUCCAAGUACACCCGGAACCUUUCUCCUGCUAGCAGGGCUAUUUUGCUCUCAGGGCCAGCUGAACUUUACCAGCAAAUGCUUGCCAAGGGAUUAGCACAUUUCUUUGAAGCAAAGUUGUUGUUAUUGGACGUGACAGACUUCUCUUUAAAGAUGCAGAGCAAGUAUGGAUGUGCCAGAAAAGAAUCUUCUUUCAAGCGGUCCAUGUCAGAGGUGACACUGGGGCGAAUGUCCAGUUUGUUUGGUUCCUUCUCAGUUCUUUCUUCAAGGGAGGAAACUAGAGGAACGUUACAUAGGCAAACCAGCAGGUUGGAUAUUAAACCAAGGGGCAUGGAAGGUGUUAAUGAUCUUUCAACACUACAUAGAAAUGCCUCUGCUUCAGUUGAUAUGAGUGGCAUCACUUCCCAAUUUCCUCCUACAAUUUCAGCUCCUCUCAAACGCACAAGCAGCUGGUGUUUUGAUGAGAAACUUUUUUUACAGUCACUUUACAAGGUUUUGGUUUCAACAUCAGAAAAAAGUUCUAUAAUUUUGUACCUUAGGGAUGUGGAGAAGCUGCUUAUUCAAUCACAAAGAUUAUACAACUUAUUUCACAAAAUGUUGAAGAAACUUUCAGGACCGAUAUUGAUACUCGGUUCGCGGCUCUUGGACCCGGCAAAAAAUUGUGAUGAAGUGGAUGAGAAACUCUCAUUGUUAUUCCCUUACAACGUUGAGGUCAAGCCACCUGAAGAUGAGACUAAUCUUGUCAAAUGGAAAGCCAAACUGGAGGAAGACAUGAAAUUGGUCCAGUUCCAGGACAACAAAAAUCACAUUGCUGAAGUACUGGCAGCAAAUGAUCUGGACUGUGAUGAUCUGGGUUCUAUCUGCCAAGCUGACACGCUGGUUCUCAGUAGUUACAUUGAAGAAAUUGUUGUCUCAGCAAUAUCAUUUCAUUUGAUGAAUAACAAAGAUCCAGAAUACCGAAAUGGAAAGCUUGUAAUAUCAUCCAAGAGUUUGUCCCAGGGUUUGAGUAUAUUCCAGGAGGGCAAAAGUGGUGGAAAAGACUCAAUAAAACUCGAGACAAAUGCUGAAUCAUCCAAGGAUGCUGAUGGGGAAGGGUGCGCUGGUGUAAAGCCUGAUUCAAAAGGUGACAUCCAGGCACCUGAAAAUAAAAGUGAGGCAGAAAGAUCAGCUCCUACAGUAAAGAAAGAUGGUGAAGCUCCAACCCCAGCAAAAACACCGGAUGUUCCUCCUGACAAUGAAUUUGAGAAGCGCAUAAGGCCUGAGGUUAUCCCAGCAGAUGAGAUUGGAGUAACUUUUGCAGAUAUUGGUGCCUUGGAUGAAAUUAAAGAGUCACUUCAGGAGCUAGUCAUGCUUCCUCUCCGAAGACCAGACCUCUUUAAUGGUGGGCUUCUAAAACCAUGCAGAGGUAUAUUGCUUUUUGGGCCUCCUGGUACUGGGAAGACAAUGCUGGCAAAGGCCAUUGCUAAUGAGGCUGGAGCAAGCUUCAUCAAUGUAUCAAUGUCUACCAUCACUUCAAAAUGGUUUGGGGAAGAUGAGAAGAAUGUUCGAGCUCUAUUCUCUCUUGCAGCAAAGGUCUCCCCAACUAUCAUUUUUGUAGACGAGGUUGAUAGUAUGCUUGGGCAGCGGACUAGAUUAGGGGAGCAUGAAGCUAUGAGAAAGAUUAAGAAUGAGUUCAUGACACAUUGGGACGGGCUUUUGACAAAACCUGGUGAAAGAAUUCUUGUGCUUGCAGCAACCAACCGGCCUUUUGACCUAGAUGAAGCCAUUAUUAGACGGUUUGAGCGCAGAGUCAUGGUCGGUCUGCCAUCAGUGGAGAGCAGGGAAAUGAUCUUGAGAACACUCUUGGCAAAGGAGAAAGUUGAAGAUUUGGACUACAAAGAGCUUGCAACUUUGACGGAAGGCUAUAGUGGAAGCGAUCUUAAGAAUCUGUGUGUGACAGCUGCUUAUCGGCCCGUAAGGGAGUUAAUACAACAAGAGAGACUGAAAGACAAGGAAAGGAAGCAGAAAGCUGAGGAGGGACGGACAAGUGAAGAGGAACAGAGCUCAGAAAGUGGAGCAGAUAAGAAAGAAGAAAGUGAAGAGGAAAGAGUGAUUACUCUGAGGCCCUUGAACAUGGAAGACAUGAGGCAGGCUAAGAAUCAGGUUGCUGCUAGUUUUGCUUCCGAGGGCUCAAUAAUGGGUGAGCUGAAGCAGUGGAACGAUUUGUAUGGAGAAGGAGGUUCAAGGAAGAAGCAACAGUUGACUUACUUCCUCUAGAUUGUUGAGAAUUGACAUCUGAAACUAUUCACCAGAAAGAGUCAUGGUUGAAAGCAAGAUGAAGUUCAGGAAAGGCAAUGGAACCCAGUAGUUCUGGGUAUGCAAUGGUGAGGGGUUGAACCAAAAGCUGUUGCACCAAGUCCUACAACAGAGAAAUGCUGAAAAUCCAUUAGAGCUUGAACUGGAGUUGAUGUGCCCUUUAAUUGGUUCAUUACUCUUGUAUUACUAUUGUUUGAGCAAGAGAAAGAGUUGUCGAUUUGUAUUUUUAUUAGUUCCUCUUCCCACGCAACCCAAUUGCCGCUCUGCAUAUUGAAAAAUUAUGUAAUGCGGAAGUGAGGUGCAAGGGAAUGCACAUGGGAUUUCAGAAACUGGGAGUGGGGAAAACUUCAGUCAAUUGUUUAGAACUGUGCAGCCCACGAAAUACAAGUUAGCACAGUGGCAGUUUGUACAUUGGACAUGUGUAAACUCAAUGGAAUAGUCCUCUAUUUAAUUCUU